AUUUUGGUACAUUUUUCUUUUUCAAAAGAUGGCUCGUUAGCGCGGCAACGCCUCUUCUCGGCCCAAUUCUCCGAUCAUCGACCAUUCACUGACAUUCGACCACACAUCGAGAUUUCAAAUGUUAUCCUCCACAACACUGGCGGCAUGUCGCGUUUAACGUGUUUCUUUAACAAAAAAGAUAUACAGCCUGAUAUAUUAAGAUUAACGUGUAAUAAAGAAUUAAACGCUGGUUCUUUUACCAAAAAUGGCUGAUUUCUAAAUUUGUUUUAUAUAUACGUAUUAAUACAUGGUGAAAAUUGUAUAGAUAAGUAAAUAACCUAACGUAUUAUCGAUCGUGUAAAACGCGCGUAAAUAUGCCGCGUACCAAAGCAUCACCAAAAAAGUGCGUCAAAACAACUAACUCAUAUCCAGGAACAAAUACAUGGGUUUUCCUUAUGAAAGGUGAUGGUUUGAGUAAUACAGAUGGAGGCAUACCUGAUGUGAUUAAAUUGAGGCAUCCAGCUACAAACCAACCUGCUAUGUUCGUGUUUAGUCCAGGCAAUACAACAGUGCAAGAAGUUUUAACAUUUGAUGAGAACAAGAGAUCAUGGUUUAUUGAUGAUAAUGUAAAGUCCGAUGGAAAAAUGCAUUUGUCCACCCCUAUUGAUCCAAUAUUUUUAGUAUUGCCAUAUUUACGCAAGACUCAACAAGCGCAACCGUUUGAUCAAUGUCUAUGGGACGAAGAUUUUCCAGAGACAUCUCGUCUGUCUCAGUGUCAGAACUUAAAAUUAUCAUUAGUUGCUGAUCGCAAAGGAGAUGAAUCAUUGCAAGCUUACAAGUUUAAUGAAGAAAAGACAUUAACUUGGCUACAGAAGAAGGUGGAAAGAGUAAUUGAUGUAUUAAAACAAAAAGGUAUUCAUGUAUCACAAGGUGCUAUUAGUGCUACUUAUGUUAAAAGUAUUAAACUUGAAAGUGCUUCAGAAGCAGAAUAUUUAAGGUAUGCUCAUGGUAUUGUGUCGGAGUAUCUUUCAGAAGACUUAUCUAAAAAAUUAGCGCAGCACUUAAAUAUAUCAGAUGAAACAGAAAAUAAGAAGCGAAAGUUAAGCAGUCCUCAUGAUAGCGAAGAAAAAAGGUCGAAGAAAGAUACAACAGAAAAUGAAUCAAUAUUAAAACCGAAAGCAGCUGAUCUAUCCAAACCAGAAAAGAUCCAAAAACCCACUAUCGGUAAAAAGGAGUUAGCCAGGCAAAAGGCAGCAGCUGGAUCUAAAAGUAUUACCAAUUUCUUUAAAAAGAAAUAAAAUAUAAACAACUGUAAAAAGUAAACAUUACAAAUUUAAAAUUUUGUGUACUGUAAUGUGUAUAUAUGAUUUAUCAUAGGGAUCUGUAAUAAUUGUUAUCCAAGAAUAGAGUCAAAAUACUUUGUUAUAACCUAGACAUAUUUUUAAUUGCUGUUUAAAUAAUAGAAAAACGAUCUUUUUAUA